AUGAUUCUGGGAUCCUACCCUAACAAUUGUAUUUCUUGGGCUACACCUCCUGAAUAUUGGACUGAUGAAGAUUUCGGGAUAGCCCUUCCUAACAAUUGUGUUGAAGACAUUUUUAUUGCAAAAAGUCCAAAUAUCGAAGGAAUACGCAUUGGUAUGCCAACGUACAUGGUGAAUAGAAGAGAAGUAUAUGAUCAAAUUGGACAACACAACCUUCACGCCGACUCAAUGGAAUACAUCUGCAAUGCUCAAGUAAAUCCCGUUGUCAAUGAUUUUGAAGCCGACUUCGAUGAUACAGAUGACGAAUCAGAUAUGUUUGCAGAUAAUUCGAAUGAGAAUUAUGAUGAUGUAACAAUCUACAAUGAUUAUUAUGAUUAG